UGGCUGGAGGAAGGAUUCUGGGGAGUCAGGGAACCAAGGAAAGAAGAGAGGGCCAUUGACACAGAGGGGAGGCUGACGGGAGGUUGAGAAAAGAGGGAACUAGAGGAAGGAGAAGAGAAACCAGAAGGAGAAGGGAAAGUGUGAGACAAGAAGAAUAAAACCUUAAAAAAAAAAAAAAAAAGAAAAAGAAAAAGAAACGAAGAGGAGGCAGAGAUGAAACUGGAGGAAUUCCUCUUUGGCCUUAUAUUGUCCCUGUCCUUCAGGGGCAGCUGGGGAGCCCCCCUGGAUGCAGAAGGGCCCGGGGGCUUGGCUGCUGGAGGAGAGGUUGCGGAGAGGCUUGGGGAGGCUGUUGGCGAGGGGCUUGGAGAGGCCGUGAGACAUGGGUUUGAGGAGGCUGUUAACCAUGGAAUUAGGGAAGCUAUUGGUCCUGGAGUGGGACAGCCAUUUGGUCAUGGGUUGCAGGAUAUAGGGAACGCCAUCAAUCAUGCCGGGAGUUCUGUGGGCAGAGAGAUCAGUAAUGUCGGGGAGACAAUCGGUCACGGGGCUAAUAAUCUAGCCCAUCGUCCAUGGCUGGGGAUCCAUCAUGGCGCCAGCAAUCCUAAUACACACAAUGGACUGCUCUCAUCUGGAGGGCACAGGAUCCUUGGAAGCGGCUCUCACAAUGGUCAUGGGCUCUUGGGAGGGCAUGGAGGUACAAGCAGCGGUGGAGCCAGUUCUCAAGGAGGUUUACAGGGCCAAGGAAGCCAGGGCAGCUCAUCCGGUCUUCAGGGCGGUAAUUCAGGCAGCGGAAAGCUGGUAGAGAGGAGCAGCAGCCAGGAAUCAGGGUGCACCAACCCCCCCUCCUCUGGGUCAGACAGUGGAAGCGUCUCUGGGGGAGGCAGUAACUCCCAAGGAUCCAGUGGCAGCGUCAGCAGUACUCCAGCCUCCUAUGCAAACUCCCCAAAGGCACCAAGCCCAGAAUCAACCACUAGCGGAGGCAGCAGCAGCCAGGGAUCUACUUCAUCUUCUGGCAGUGGUGGAAGUAGCGGAGGCAAAGGCGGUCAAGGGUGUGAAAAUCCGGACAGUGGAAGCCAGGGAUCUACUUCAUCUUCUGGCAGUGGUGGAAGUAGCGGAGGCAAAGACAGUCAAGGGGGAAGCAGCUCUCAGGGCAAUGGACAGAGUGGAAACAAACCUGACAGUGACGCUAUCAUCCGGGAUACACUCAAUCAUGGGAAAGACAUCCUUGGAAGCGUCAAUAACCAGGGAUCUGGUCCAGCAGGACAGAAUGGAGCUUCUGGGGGUAACUUUGGAUCUGGGCCUUACUCAGCUGGAGAAAGAAUAGGAGAAACUGAGAUCAAUAGUGGAAAUGGAGUUUAUAAUGGUCCCAACGCUCAAGGCUUCUUCAACUUUGACACAUUCUGGAAGAAUUUUAAAUCCAAGCUGGGUUUCAUUAACUGGGAUGCCAUAAACAAGCGACACUUCCCACGCCCCAGUACUCGGGUCUUCCUUUACUUGAGACGGCUCUGGGAGGAUUUCAAGCAGAACACGCCUUACAUCAACUGGAAAAUGAUCACUGAGAACGAAGAGGAACUUAAUCUUCAGAAGAGGGCUGGGGGUGUGAACCAGAGCUACAAUCAGCAGGCGUACCCCACUCCUCAGGCAGGACAGUACCCCUACGGAACACCAGCUAAGGGAGGGCACAAUGGAUUAGCUUCCUCGGCUUCUCGGGCACAGCCGGACUUGCUCCAGUGGGUGAGGUUUUGGUAGAGCUCAUAGCUUCCAGUCAUGAUGGGCCGGCACACCUACUCUGAGGACCUCAGCCCACUCUACCCCUGCCCAACACCACCACCUGCCUGCCCCUUUCCCUGGUACCGGAGACCCCUUUUCUUGCACAGACCCCAUUUUUUAGUCUUUGUGUACCCAUCCUCUUCUCUGGUAUGUGACAAUAGCCUGAACAGGUGGCCUGAACCCUGAGAGACGAGCAAUAUUCUCUCUCUCUAAUCUAGCGGUUGCCAUGACAAUUGUACAGAAGGUACUUGCUGCUUUCUUUAGGGGUUUUCUCAGUGGAAAUAAAACAAAAAUGUUAUCUGUAAA